AUGGAGGGCUCUUCGGAUCCAAUACCAUCCUUUAAAGAAGUAACUCGUCUUGAUGUUCUCAAGUUGACAGACGAAGAAAUAAUUGAGCAAGUUCAUGAAAUCUGUGUCGAGCAGGGCAUUCCUCUCGUCAUCGAAAACUAUCACUUAAAAGAAGAGUUUGACAGUGAACUUUUCAAUAUCACUUGGCUCCAGCAAAAUUAUGGGAGUCAUGGUUUGUAUUCCCCUAAUUUACUUCCUAUCAUAUUGGUAAAACAUAUUAUUAAUAUCGAUUCGGAUUUUUCUGCUGCUGCCACCUUGAAACUUAUUUCCAAAAUUAUAACUCGUGAUAUGAACAAGAAUUUGGAUGAGAAUAUGAGUUUGGCAGAAUACUUUAAUUAUGUCGAGGAAACAAGGAAAAACUCAAUACCCGCAGAACAAAUGUUGUAUGGAAAAGAUAUCAUAUGUCCAAAUCCGUGGAAAGAUUAUUCUAUUCAAAAUCCGAGUUUUUCUAUUCGGAUGAAGAAUUCUCCGGGUCGAAAUUUGCAAAAGGAAUAUAAGAUAUUACUUGGUGCAUACAAACAUAUUUUAGAUCAAGAAUGGGUUUCCAGUAGUCAGUGGGAAGAAGACAUUCAUAUUCCAACGACUGGGUCCGCCUAUGAUAUAUGUCUAGAAUGCUAUACCGAACACAGAGGUUGCAUUCAUCCGUUGCAGCUUCGUGAUGGGUUUAAAAUGCAGAGAAUUAUUAAUGCCUACAACAAUGCUAAACAGGCCUAUAUAUCAGAAUGGGGAGACGAUGAAGAAAUUGAAGAUCUCGAAGAUUUGGAUGAGUCUGUGGGAUCUUUAGCCUAUAAUCGGUGGAAAGUUUCUCGAAAAUUGAAAAAAGGAGAGCAAUUAGCAUUUAAUAAUGCUGCGCCAAAUGGAGUUUUCAUUGGACCAUAUAUGCCUAUUUUUGAGGAGCCAGUAAAGAUGGAAAAGGUGGAUCGACCCAUAAAAAGGGCUGUCAAAAAGAAAGUUCGUAGACGUCUUGCAAAAGAUUCCUCCAUAGAAACCAUUUUAGAGAAGAAGAAUCGUAAAAGGAAAACGGUUCAAAAGGCGAAGGAUCAAGUUUCGAAUUUAGAAAGUCACAUUGUUAAGCGUAGUAGAGUUAGAUCAUCUAGCGAAAAGGAAAGGAACUCGGCCAAUAGAAUGGAUGUUGAUACUAAUCUUGUCACCAAUGACGGAAGCACUGGUGGCAACCCUCGACAGGAUGGUAAUACAGAUAUUGGCAGAAGACCUGAAGACUGUGAUUAC